AUUUUAAUGAAUAAAGCGAAGGUUUUGGUCGGCCCAAAAAUACAGUUUACCUUCACAGGCCUCAGGAAGCCGUAUUCUAAUGAGUUCUCCUUUUUGAGUGAGGGCAAGCUGCCUAGUCUCAAUAGGAGACCUUUGAUAGAUAUGAGAAAACGAAGAGAAUUGGUGAAUAAGACUUUGGUUAAGAUUGAAAAACAACGCAAAUUUAUGUCAUUAUCUCCAAAAUCACCCAAUAGAUAUUUUAAGUAAAGACCUGAGACCACCUAAGUUUUUCUGCAAAUUGAAUAACGAUAAGUGGGUUCCUAUAACAAAAGAGCUUUGCGAGAAGUUCAAGAAGAAAAGGAAUGCAAGGAAAUGGUUUCAGAGGGAGAUGCUUGGCCAUACUAACCCUAGACGAAUGACUGUACGAGCUACAUCAUACUAUAAUUUAUAAAUUAUAUUUUA